AUGCGAGGCGACACUGAUGGUAAUCGUUCUUCUCGGGUGACCUCAUCACCCUUCACUGAACAAGGCCACCAAUGCCCUCAACCUAUAUCAGAGUGGCACAAGUGGGCCAUUGUAUGGAUUGUCUGUACAGGCAGUAUGUGUGUGACAUGCACCAGCUCGAUCUAUACCACAACAUACACGCAAAUGAACGCUGAGUUGACCACCACAAGCUUUAUAUCCACUCUGGGACUGUCGUCUUCUGUCCUAGGAAUUGCUCUAGGCCCGCUGCUCACAGGCCCCUUGAGCGAAGCCUACGGUCGGAGGCCCAUAUACCUGAUCUCCUGGUCAUUGUUCAUUGUCUGGAUGAUCCCAUCUGUUGUUACCAUACAUAUGGCAUUGAUCAUUGUAUCCCGCUUUGUCCAGGGUCUCGCCGGUGGUACCUUUUUGGCCGUUGCAGGGGGGACCGUAAGGGACCUAUUCUCGCCAAACGAGAUUCAGAAGCCGAUGGUCAUCGCGGCGUGGACAUACUACGUUGUCCUCAUUUGGUCAUUACUUCUGCUCAUCGCGAUAAUCGUUUCGGCGCCAGAAACGAACUCUUUGGUCAAACCUCGCAAUAAACGUGCAAAGCCAGACUCGAAUUUGGGAAAUAAACGGCCUACGGCACAGUUAGGGACAGCCCCGCGCUCGACUGGUCGGCUUCUUGUACAGUCCCUUGUUCGUCCAUUUCAACUGCUGUUCUUCGAACCAAUGUGUCUUUGCCUAGACGUAUAUUCGGCCAUCCUCCUGGGGAUUCUAUACCUGUUCUUCGGAGCGUUUCCGCUGGUCUUCCGGACCAUGCAUGCGAUGAAACUCUGGCAGAUCGGCCUUACGUUCCUCGGUAUCAUCACAGGGAUGCUGAUGGGAGCGGCCAGUAACCCACUCUGGAUCAAGAUCCGUGAGCGUCUGAUACAACGUCAUCACGAGGGCGGAAGCAGUGAGCCAGAGUAUAGGCUGCCCCCAGCAAUUCUAGGGGGUAUCCUGAUCCCCGCUGGCCUCUUCUGGUUUGGCUGGACAAUCUACCCCAGUGUUCACUGGAUACUCCCUAUCAUGGGGUCCGCCGUCUUCGGUUGUGGCGUGGUAUUCGCAUUCAUCGGCAUUUUCAAAUUUCUGGUAGACGCGUAUCCCCAAUAUGCGGCCUCCGCACUUGCAGCCAAUGGUUUUGCAAGAUGCUCGUUUGCAGCUGCCUUCCCGUUGUUUGGAGUGCAAAUGUAUGAGAAGCUUGGGUAUCAGUGGGCCACCAGUCCUCUCGCAUUCCUCACGGUCCUCAUGAUGCCGUUGCCGUGGCUGUUUUUCAAGCAUGGGGAAAUGCUAAGGAAGAACAGCCGGUUCGCCACCGUAAAGGAAGAAAGGCAGAGGAUCGUGGUUCUUGAAACGGAUGGGAAGCAAGGGCUAGCUUGAGGCAUUUGGAGGGCUAAGCACUGAAUGGAGUUCAUGUGAGGGAUUUUUUUCUUUAGCGUCUAUGACUCGAGGCCGUGUUGUUGGCAGCAAGAUCCCCCCCCUCUCGAAUCGGAAUUGUACUAUUCCUCGGUGUCAGGCAAACCCCCAGGAAAGAACGGU